CUUCGUUUCUGAUCGGCCAACUUUCCUCGGCUCGUUCGUUUGAGUUCGUCACCCGUUCAACAAACUUGCCAAGUUCUUGUCCAAAUUGUUGAAAGCGUUUUUUUUUUACUCAAGAAAGCACCGCGCUCUUGCAAACGAGGGUCUGCAUCCGCGCAGUUUCCCGAGAUCUUCUGCGAUGUGAAGACAACAACCGUAUACGUGUUUGUUUAUCAAAGUUUGAUAUCUGAGUGUUGUACGAAAAAAAAAAAAAAAAAAGUUCUAUUCACGUGUAAAAAAAAUUGUUUCUCGAUACGAAGAAACGUCGUAAACAAUUCAACGUCGUCAGAAUGCGCGGUGAAGAGGCUGAUCCGAUUGCGAAAGAUGAAAACAUAAAAAUUGCCGAGGGUCUUCAAGAAUCUUUGAGAGAAACGGAAGAGAAACCCGCGUUCUGCAAGUAUCACUCGAAACACGCAAAGCUGUUUCCGGAAUUGUAUCGCAGCGAUGUGUCAAUUCAUCCCAGCUACACCGGCUUGAAGAGUUUGCCUUACCGAGUGAUCUGCAGGAACCGCGUGCAAAGAAUCAAACGACAGGCAACUCGGCAGCUGAAUCGCGAGAUCGCGCACUUUACCAUGAUCCAGAUGUUUGCACUCGACGGCGUCAGAAUCGAUCGCGUUUUCAGCGUCGGCAUGUCGCCAAAGAUGUUAAUUGUGCCAGAUCCUUUGACGGACAAAGAGAGACGUCAUCUGAAUGAGCUACUUCGAAGUCCUUGAAAAUAUUAUUUCGCGCGUGGAGA